CUUCUCUUCUCUCAAAACAAUUCAACUAUCUAGCUUCUCUAUUUAUAAUAAAUAUAUAUAUAUAUAUAUAUAUAUAAUUUCCCAAAAAAAUAUUUUGUUUAUCCAUUAAUUGCGGUGUAAAGUAGCAAGCAAAACCAAGCCAAGAAGAAAGAAAGAAGGAGGUGAAGAAGAAGAAGAAGAGAAGAUGUGGUGAAGAAGAUACAAGUCUGAAAGUGGGCAAAAAUCUUUGGAGCUUUCCUCUUAUCAGUUCCCUUUGCCACACAAACCAAAACAAGAAUCAUGGCAGCGGAUUCAUCGUCAUCGUCUUUCUUCCGCAUCGGAGAUGAGUUCAAUAACACGCCGACACAGCCGUCGGCCACACCUAGCUCUUCCGGCCCUCCUCCUCCUCCUCUUCCGGCCAAGAAGAAGCGCAACCCUGGAACUCCAUACCCAGAUGCGGAAGUGAUAGCUUUGUCACCAAAGACACUAAUGGCGACAAAUCGGUUUAUUUGUGAGGUAUGCAACAAAGGGUUUCAGAGAGAACAAAACCUUCAGCUUCAUCGGCGAGGCCAUAACCUUCCUUGGAAGCUCCGGCAAAAGAACACAAAGGAAGUGCAACGCCGGAAAGUCUAUCUAUGCCCGGAGCCAACUUGUGUCCACCAUGACCCUUCCCGAGCUCUCGGUGAUCUCACUGGAAUCAAGAAACACUUUUGUCGGAAACACGGUGAGAAGAAGUGGAAGUGCGAUAAGUGCUCAAAGCGAUAUGCCGUCCAGUCGGACUGGAAAGCUCACUCGAAGACUUGCGGCACUCGUGAGUACCGGUGUGAUUGUGGCACUCUCUUCUCCAGGCGUGAUAGCUUCAUUACUCACAGAGCUUUUUGUGAUGCAUUGGCUCAAGAAACAUCAAGACUUCCGACAAGUCUCAGCAGUCUUUAUGGGAACAAUAACAUUGCAUCCUUACAAACACAAGGUCAUCUCCGACCUUUCGACAUUCAUCAACCGCAACCACAACCGAUAUUUUUCGGCGGUGGAAGCUCGAACCAAAUCGAUCAAUCUCUGCAUGGAUUGAUGCAGCAGCAACAGCAGCAACAACAACUUCCUGAACUUCAAAACAACCAAAAUAGUGCUGCUCAUUUAAUUAUGUCUUCUGAUCAGUUUAGUGUUGGAAAUGGAGGUGGUGAUCAUCAUCAUCAUCAUCAUCAUCAAGCAACAAGUCUGUUCAGUGGAAACAGUUUAAUGAGUGAUAACACCAGUGGUCAUAUGUUUAAUCAGCAAGUGAUGCCUCAAAUGUCAGCAACUGCACUUCUUCAAAAGGCAGCACAAAUGGGUGCAACAACAAGCAGUAACACAUCAUCUUUGUUUAGAGGAUUCAGUAGUAGCUCAAAACUGGACAAUGAAACUCAGUUGCAGAACCUGAUGAACUGCAUGUUGAAUCCAAAACCUAAUGACACUUUGACAAGAGAUUUUCUUGGAGUUGGGAGCAUGGUGAGAAACAUGGGAGGUGGUAAUAUGUCUCAGAGAGAUCAUCAUCACCAUCUUCAUCAUCAUCAUCAACAACAACAACAACAUCAAGGGAUGGAAAUGGGUUCUUUAGAUCACUCAGAUAUGAAAUCAGGAGGUUCAUCUUCAAGGUCCUUUCCUGGUGGGAGUUUGCUUUGAGACUAGUAGUUCAAAACUUGGUUGCAGUGUUGGUUUGUAGCUAGUUGAGGAAGCUAUUCUUCUUCUUCUUCUUCUUCUUCUUCUUCUUCUUCUUCUUCUUCUUCUUCUUCUUCUUUUUUAGUGUAUGUAUGCUACCUGUCAAGCUUCAAUCUUCUCUAUCUCUUUCUUUCUUUGUUUAUCUCAAUGCUAAACAAGAGGCACCAACCAUGGUUAUUAUAUAUACCUUCUCUCUUGCUCUCUGUUUAUCUA